AUCGGAGAGUCCAGCAAGGCAACGCUAGACAUCCAGCAGAAGAGUUUGCACUUUGGCGUAGUUCGGUCGAGUAUCGAGUUCGACACGGUCUUCUUCACGUAUACCUCUCUCUACAUCAUCAUCGGUCGGUGUAUAUCGGUAAUGGCGGAAUAAGAAGUGUGUCCAGCACUCUAAAGACACCUUCGACGCUGCUCCAGUUAUUGCGGUGGGUGCGUUUCUGCUUCGAUUGGCAGAAAAUUUGGCAAACGAAACGCAUUGGAAAACUGACUACGCGAGUGGAAUUCGGGUAUCGAAGUCGUGGUAAUAGUCGUCGUCACCUCUAAGGUGACAUAGUGAGUGACAGGAAGGUGUUCCAGUUUGACGACAAGUCGUCGUCUCCAGAGUUAAUCCUCGCAGCAGCAGCUUAUCACUGAAAGAGCAUCGCACUCGGCCAUGGAAAUGGAGCCCCGGGUGGCGAUUCUUCAGGACCUCAAAAUCCAAUCUUUCGACACAAUCCGUUUCGCUUCGUAUAGGACCGCGUGCAAGCUGCGAUAUGUUCAAAAGUCGACAAAUUUACACCUGGUGGAUAUCUGGAACGUGAUCGAGGCGUUCCGCGAAAAUGGACUGAACACCCUGGAGCACCAGAACGAGGUCAGCGUGAGCCGGCUGGAGACGCUGGUCUCGUCCCUGUACCACAACCUCAACAAACGUCUUCCCCCGACGCAACAAGUUCCUGUCGAUUCCAAAGCUAGUCUUCUCCUGAAUUGGCUGCUGGCGGCCUACUCGGGCGACAACAGCGGCAAGAUCCGGGUGUUCUCGAUCAAGGUCGCCCUGGCGAUCAUGUGCGCUGGGAAGAUGGUCGAUAAGCUACGAUACAUCUUCUCACAAAUUUCCGACGGUGCUGGACAGCUCAUCCACUGGAAACUCGGAGACUUUCUGCGGGAAGUCCUAGCUCUUCCCGCAGCCGUCUUUGAAUCGCCCACAUUCCACUAUCAGGAAGGACUCGAAAGCGAAAUUUUCCCAGUAGAGAACAAAAUAACCGUAAACGAUUUCAUGGCCGUGCUGAUGUCGGAACCUGGCCCAGCGUGCCUGGUAUGGCUUUCCCUACUACACAGACUGGCCACCGUUGAAGCGGUUGUCCAUCCAACCAUCUGCUCCGUCUGCCUGCGGGAGAACUUCACCGGUUUCCGGUAUCGAUGUCAGCGAUGUCAUGCCUACCAGCUCUGCCAGGACUGCUUCUGGCAGGGUCGAGUUUCUCUAAACCACCAAAACGACCACGAAGUCAAGGAAUACUCCAGCUACAAGAGCCCCAGUAAACAGAUUGGUCACUCGCUACGGAAGAGUUUCCGUUGCGUGCCGGAAAAGCCCAAUCAGGUGCUGCCAAGGUUUCCAGAACAACCGGAAAAGACGCUCAACCUGUCGCACAUCGUACCACCGUCGCCAUUGCCGUCGCACAAUGGCUUCCAGGACGGCGGCAUGAUCCCUGGGAUGUACGACCGGAGCAGUACGCUGGAUUCGCGGGGCACUGGUCUAUCCCUGGACAGUAACGGUACUUCCGUUACGCGAGGUGGAGCCAAUUCGAACGACGAAGAGCACAGACUUAUCGCGCGGUACGCAGCGAGACUUGCUCAAGAAAGUCGGACGCCUGGCAGUUCGGCUCCCGAUCCGGUCCAAAUAGGGCUGGACAGCUCCCGCGCUCAGCGAGAGCUAAUCAUGCAGCUCGAGUCCAAAAACAAAGAAAUCAUGCGAGAAAUUCAGAAACUCCGCCGGCAGCAAGAAGCCGAACAGGUGCAACCGGAGAGCCCGGCCCUGAUGAACGAGCUGCGCGCUCUGCGGCAGCGAAAGGGCGAACUAGAGGGUCAUCUGGGGGCACUGCAGGACUCUCGGCGGCAGCUGAUGGCUCAACUGGAAGGUCUUAUGCGAAUGCUUAAGAACCACCAAACACAAAGUCCACGGUCUACACCGAAUUCUAGUCCGCGGUCGGGUAAGAGCCCGCCGCUCCCUCAAGGUCCUCAAAUGCCUGGUCAACAACGGGUUCCCGGAAUGCCUCCAAAUGUGCCACCGCAUCUUCAGCAAAGUAUACUGCAACAGCAACAACUUCAGCAACAGCAACUUCAACAACAGCAAAUGAUGCUCAACAGUCACAUGCAGGAGCCUCCGGGAGGAAUGAUGGGUCAUCCCCAUCCAAUGGACAUGCGAGGAUACGUCCCCAACGGAAACAAUAAUGGAGUCCACAACCCAAUAAUGGGUCGACCACCGUCCGCCAAUGCUCCUGGUACUGGUGCCGGUCCUUCCGCUUCCGGGAGAAACGAUUUGCACUACGCGGCCGAUUCGGUUUCGUCGGCCAUGAGUUCACUGGUGCGCGAGUUAAAUUCAGCAGGAUCCGAUGAAGAGUAUGGCAUGCACCAUCAUGUCAGACAGAUGCUAGACUUCGAGGAAAUGCAAAGUCAUGAAUGGAGUGAUAAGGAAAACACCCAAUGGCAGGAGCAGUUUGCCCAGUGGAGUCUCAACUCGCAAAAUCAGUAAUUCUGUCACCCUCUCAUGAAACUUUCCACGCCUACUAUUCGCCUCAUCGCGUUCGCAUUCACUCAGCAUUCAACUGACACUUAUGGCACGCCGCGUCACCACGUGGACAUUAACGAAAAAGCAUCAUAUCACAAAUCCUGUACCACACAUUAUUGUAGACAAUUGAAAACAAUCCAAUCGAUAGAUGAGCGACUUAUAUAUAAUGCGGGAAGUGGGCGCGUAUAACCCGAAUUCCUCUGGCUCCGUAAAGUUUUCCGGCUUUUUCUCUAAUAUGAAUUGAUUUAAUCCUUUGUAUGUGAUCACUUUUACGUAAGUCGGCUGAAUUGAAACGAAGCAAGCCGAGAGAAAUGCUUUAUCUAAUUCGUAAUGAGUUUCACGGUAGAGUCGUGUUAAAAAAGUAGUGCAUAUAUUUAGAUUUUAGGAAAUCGGUUCCAUUCCACUGCAUCAAAUGUGACUUAGGUGUAGGUUUCUCGGUUUUGAAAGUGUUUGAACGAUGGUCGGUAAAAAGUGCUUUCAUUAUGCAGUAGUUUUCAUUUAAGUUAACAGAUUUUGUCCCAUCCGUGCGCUGUUUAUUACCUUGAAGGACUAUCUAUAGUUUUCAAUGAAUAAAGUUUAUUUCGUCAAUUUUUGUUGAUUUUUCAUUUUUUUAUCACUCCUGUCAAAAACGUUUGUAUAUUUUUUUUCCUAUUAGAGCGAAUUUUCCCACAAAAAUCCAGAAUGUAUCUGUCAUUUUAAAAUUGUGCCAUUAGUAAAAUAACUGAACCAAGUUGUAUUUGACGUGAUGUUACGAUGAAUUCCAAAUCAAAGGCUUAGAAAUAUUCUUUGACAUGUCUAUGCCUGAUCGAAUUCCUGGUGUUCUCUGAGGAAUCCCCAUGAAAAGUCUUAGCUCGGCUCCUGGUUUUUUUUUCUCGAUUCGAUGGUCUCUUUUUGAUUCCAAUGCGUUCUCUCCUUGAAUCCUAGUUGAUCUCUAAUAUCAGGCAUGUGGUUCGCUGAGGCUCCUAUUUGUAAUACAUUCAUCGCUACCAGUCCUGUGCACAUGUGCCUAUUCUGCGCGGAGUGUGAGGUGACACGAGUCGAAUGAGGUGACAAUUAUCGACUCGCUCCCAUUUGAUUAAUAUUAGUCGUCUCACGUCACUCGCGGUAAGAGCGAGUCGUCUCGACUCACACGCCGCGCAGAAUAAGCACAACAAUUCAUUUCCAGCUCUUGUAUUAUUCUAAUUUUAAACAAACGAUUAGUGCACGUUUUUAUAACGAACAGUGAUGUAGACUCUGCAUUGUAGUGUGAUAUAGCGAAUUACCAAAUUCCAUUUCAAUAUUUAUAUGACGGUUCAGAUUAUCGGGGGUUCACGAUAGCUACUGGCAGAAAUUUAGGAUUUAAAUGGAAAACUUUUGCUUUAAAAAAAAGAAAGGUGUUGUUUUAGCGGACGAAAUUGUUUGAAGAAAUGUUCUAUUGCAAGCCAGCUCAUGCUUUCGGAUAGGGUAACGCACAGAUAUGUACAAACGUUAAACAUUUUAGGCACCAUUAUUGAACAAUUCUUAACCAAAUGAAGAUAUCUACUCAUCUACAAAAGAAAAAAAAAAGACAAAACAAGUUUAAUGCAAAGGAACAUACUCAUUCCAUCUCUUCUCGGUGUAUUAAGUAAGAUUGAACUUGCAAACAGAAAACUUGGAUCAAUUUUAGCUUUGUAUGGUUCCUACAACUCACAAGAUGAGUAAGUGUAAAAUGAUGGCGAAUUAGCCUAUCUCGAUUGAACUUGAAAAAAAAAGAGUAACUGUCAAACUAUCGUGUUUCAUAUUCUUGCAUGUUUUGGGAGUAGUAGGAACAGAAAGACCAAACCAAAAAUUUGGGAAACAGUAUCACUGAAGAAUGAGAAUACACAAUUAGACAAACAAAAAAAAGACAACGUGUUUCUUUUUAGAGGCAAAAAAAUAACUUAAGGAAUAAAAAACGUGUUUUCGGAAAUUAUGAACUAGAAUCAGAACAAUACGCUCGUAAUAAUAAACUAAACCAAACAGAAAACUUAUAACUAUUCGAUUUUAGUAGAAAAACACGAACUAAAGGAAUGGAGAUGGUAUUCAAACAGUGAGUAGUCUAAACAGAAUAUACUCUUAAUAAAGGCAAAACUUAAACGAUAAAUUGGAAUUACAACAAACACAGAAUUAAAAACCAAACCAAAAUGACAUCCGUUAGUAGGCUAGAGGCAACGAUUUCAAUUCGUUGCAAAAGAACAUUGAUAAAAAAACAGAAAUCGUCGAUUAAGGGAAUAGCGAUAAACACCCAGUCACUCCCAUACUGUAACACAAACGAGCCUCUCCGAGUUGUUGAAUGUGUUACAAACCAUAUUACUUGGCUAAAAUGUGAUAAAUGUUAACGCGUCUCAACUUCGAGGAUGUCAAUGGAUAGCCAGGCCCCACAAGUUAAAACACUAAAUCCAUACCAUGAUUACGGACGACGGAGCAAGAGUAUUAUCUGAUGCAGUUGUAAAUUCUGGACUGGGAUGGAUUGAAUUGUAAUUGCACUCGAAAGUUGAAAAAAAGGUAAACAGCAACAUAAGUAAUGGAAAAGUAUGAAUAAAAUACACAUUAACCAAAUUAAA